CAUUGUAGUGAAUUUUCGCCGGUUUAGUGAGUCAGCGUAUAUUUAGGCUCAAAAAUAAGCUUACUAAUGCCGCCAAAGUUGAAGUUUGCCGAAGGAGAACGUGUGCUUUGUUUCCACGGGCCUUUAAUMUAUGAAGCUAAAUGUAUGAAGGGACAAGUUAAGGAAAAAACACCGCGUUAUCUGAUUCACUACAACGGCUGGAACAAGAAUUGGGACGAGUGGGUACCUGAAAGUCGUGUUCUGAAAUUUAACGAAGCUAAUCUGAUGAAGCAGAAGGAACUUAGGGAACAAAUCAAAAACAAGAAGCCAAGAAAAAAGCAAGARAAAACGCCCAUAACUACUGAGACUGACAAAAAUCUUAAACGUGAAGAACCCCAAGCAGGAACUGGACAGACMAGAAGAAAGAGAGCCAGGCUAAAUAAUCCAGACAAUGAUGAAAACUAUGUCUCUCGGUUAGAUGUAAAAAUAAAUAUACCUGAUGAUCUAAAGCAGUGGUUAGUUGACGAUUGGGAUCUAAUAACAAGACAAAAACAGCUUGUUCCUCUUCCAAGAAAAAAGACAAUAGCAGAUAUAUUAGAUGAAUAUGCUAAACAUAGGGCAAAGAAUCCUAACGGCAUCAAGCCCGGUGUGGCACAAGAGGUUGUUGAUGGAGUCCAAGAAUACUUCAAUGUCAUGCUAGGAACUCAAUUGUUGUAUAAAUUUGAGCGUCCACAGUAUGGGGAUUUGCUCUCAGAAAACCCUAAUCUACCAAUGUCUCAAAUCUAUGGUUCUGAACACUUGCUUAGACUMUUUGUUAAGCUUGGUAAUGCCUUGUCAUAUUCAAAUCUUGAGGACAAAAGUAUACGAUUUGUUGUUAGUCAUAUUCAUGAUUGCUUGGACUACUUGGCAGCUAAUGCAGAUAGCUUAUUUUCAACUGAUUAUGAAACAGCUACUCCUGAAUAUCACAGACGUGCGGCUUCAUAGGAUCAUCAUUUUAGUAGUGUCAUCAACUGGUUUACUUCAGGGAACUUCUGUCAAUAGUUUACACAAACUGGUAGCCAUUGGCYGAAGCAGAGAGACUUGUUUACUAUGCAUCUAAUUUUUUAACUAAAAAUGUAUCCAUUGGACAUUUAUUUCUCCAUUUUCUUUAGUGUAGAUAUAUGUGCAUCAUUGCAAGAUUGUAUAUGUCUAGCGAUUAACCUUUAUUGAUUCAUUGGUCAAACAGACUUUUUUAUUCAAUUUGUCAUGAUAAUUAAAAUCUAAGGGAGAUCCAGUAAUUAUUAUAUUCUAUGUAUUAGUUAAUGUAAAAAUAUGACAACUCUUCACUCCUUUUUAUGAAAAUUGAAGGCUUUGCAAAUUAUUAGUAUCAAUAAAAUAUUUAUUAACUGCAAAAGCAGUGAAUUUGAA